AUGGCGCCUUGCGUGCAAGGACGCAUAAUCAUUUUCGAUAACUAUAAUUUGAAAAUCCUGCCAGUGGAGCGGGCUUUAUACCUGGAUGCAGACAUGCUGGUGCGUAGGAGCCUGGAAGAGUUGUGGAACACCGAUUUGGAGGGCUCCUCGAUUGGUGCAGCGAUGGAUGUCGGAUUCCCAAUGGGCCAUGAUGGCGUCUCACGAAGGUGGUACUUCAACGCAGGCAUGGUCCUGAUUGACAAGACAAAGGCAAGAACGCAUCUGUCUGAGCUUGCGGCUCGGGUGCGCGGGAUGAAAGACGCUCGCUAUCGCGACCAAGACGUGCUGAAUGUGCACUUUGCUGGCGAUUGGGCCGAAGUGAACCUGAGCUGGAAUGCACAGGGACUCGGAACCUAUGCAGAGAUUAGCUUAGCUGAUAGAGAUAUCCUAGCAUUGGGAGACAUGAAGGAUCCUGGAGUCAUGCAUUUCACAGGACCAGUUCAUCCCACCAAGCCUUGGGGUUAUGCUGGCACACUAGGACACCCGUUCAAAGACGAAUGGUGGGGCGCAUUGAACGAGACGGUAUGGGCAGGGUGGCAGGGAUCGACACAAUACCAUGAGAUGUGUGAGGGAGAGAAACAGAAAGCGAUUCAAGAUUCAAUCAAGAAGUUCGAGACUCGAUCGGUCGCAGUUAUGACAAAAGAUGAUCUAGAGGUCUUAGCAGUGGUUCGGAAUUUCUUGUCCAAUUCCUUCACUUGGAGCGAGCACAACACUAUUGAGACGGCAAUGCGACGGUCCGCCGAGGUCUCCGGCGCUCGCCGAGUCAAGUUUGUCAUCUCUUGGUUAUCCGAUUUCCCACUGUCAGAAUUUUCGACCUCGGCCGGAAGCGUGCCUCCGGAUGGGUUUCCUUUCUCUCGUCUCGUCUCCGAUGAGUAUGAGAAACUGAGUUCCGAGGCGCCUGAAGCAGCUCGCAUCUGCGCCAACAAGUCCGUGACCAAGACAUCGGGCAAGGACUCAUUCUACAUGCGUAUCCGAGUCUACCCAUUUCACAUCAUUUUCAUCAACAAGGCUUCAUGCUGGUAUGCGCGGUGCUGGGGGAAGCUUUACGACACUGUCGCGCGGGUAAACAUCGGGCAGAUCAUCCUCCCUAUCUGUUACAAGGAACUGAAUGCUGCGGUCACACAGGAAGCUCUCCGCCGUGUAUGGUACAAGUUCCCAGGCCAGCGAAAGAUUAUUGUGUCGAAGAAGUGA